AUGGCUGAAGAUAAACAUUUAUACGUCAUCAGCUUAUAUGCCUCCCAACGUUCCCGGAACAGACAGGAUUUUACCAACGAACUCAACCAAAUAUUCUCUGAACUCAGGCUGGACCGCUCCAAAAACUUUUUCAUCUUGGCAGGCGAUUUCAAUGCGAGACACACCUCCUUAGGAGACUCCUCGAACAAGGUCCAUGGGGCUUCACUAAUUGACUGGUACACCACGAAUGCACCCCUCUAUAACUGCACUCUCCUCGCUGCCAGCACACCCACAUACACCCCAGCUCAAACCUACCUGGAUCACUGCAUUAUCGACUCCCGGCUCAACAUCACCAACCUGAUGAACAACAGACUAGCCACCACCAUCUACGACAGCGACCACAAGGCACUUCUAAUCAAUAUCCAGCUCGAUCAAUCAUCCUCUCUACUCCCAGGAACACCUCCCCAACCCAGGCACAUAUUCAAAGCAACAAACUGGACCGAGUUCACUUCCUUCCUAGGCCGCACCUACAACUCCAACGUACCCAGCAACCGAAACCUCGAGGAAAACGAGAUCGAUAACUUCCUGCUCGACAUCAACAAAAGCAUCAUACAGGCAAUAGAAAACAAGGUCCCCAAAUCCACUACCACCAGCAACACCCAAAAAUACAUCACCAAGCGAAUCAAACAACUAGAGAAGAAAAAAUCCUCCCUUCUCACUCUCCUACACCGAUUGUUAGCCAAGGAUCCCCGGAGCAGAAACCCAGACACUAGAACGACCAAACUUCUCCUUGCACAAACCCGAGAGGACCUCAACAUCGAAUUCUCCGCAGCCAUCGAAAAACACUGGAAUAACACCUUCAAAAAAAUCAACCACAGGGACUCAUCGAAAUUCAUGCCAUCAAUUAAUAGAAUAUUCCGCCCAAAAAACAAACCUGGACCAGCAGAUAUUCAUAUCCCCGCUACUAACAUCUCCAUCUUACACAACUCUGGUAACCCUCUUGAUCACACCCCCCUCUGCAACAAUAAAUAUGUCUUCACCGAACCUACUAGCAAACUAAACGCAAUAGGCGCCUUCUACGAAUCCAUCAACUCGCCACGACACCUCAACAACGGCACUCGCCUCAAAGAAAUUAUAGACGCAAGAAUCUCACUCUUCAAACGCUCCAUAGAAGAACACAAAGCCAACAACAGCUGGAUUACCACGUUCAAUGACACUAACCGAGCAAAUAACCCCAAGACUGACAACAUCGAAAGCUACUUCACCACACCAGCAAAAAUAGAGGCAAUAAUCAAGAGGCUCCCAAACAAGACAUCCAGUGGUACCGACAAAAUCCCAACUAUCAUAAUCCGGCAUCUCCCGCUCAACAUCAUCAAAGACCUCACAAUCCUGAUCAACAACGCACUUAAUAUCAACUACUUCCCCAAGAUCUGGAAAGUAGCACAGGUGAUACCAAUUUUGAAGAAGGAGAAACCCAGCGAAGACCCCUCCAGCUAUCGCCCCAUCAGCCUCACACCCAACCUCAGCAAGGUUUAUGAAAUUAUCAUCAACAACCUAAUCACUCUGCACUCCAACCAGAAUAAAAUAAUCCCAGACAACCAGUUCGGAUUUCGCCACCACCACUCCACCACCCACGCCGUUCACAAAUUCCUCGCCGACGUCAAUAAAUCUCUCCACCUUAACUACAUGGUUGGUGCUACACUCAUCGACCUCGAAAAAGCCUUCGACUCCGUCUGGCAUGACGGGCUUAUAUACACCCUCAUCAAGAAAAAAUUCCCCACCAACCUAAUCAAACUCAUAUGGGACAUGAUCAGCGACAGGACGUUCUACACAACGGACGGAACUCACUCAUCAAGCAAAAGCUUCCGGAUCCUGGAAGGCCUACAGCAAGAUUUGAUUCAACGUGUGGUGCGGUACUAA